CGCAAGAAUCUGAAGUGAAUUCUUUCUUGUUCUUUGCAACGGCAGAUGACGGAGGGAGGGACGGACUCACGGAGGGAGUGGCAAGAAGAGGAUUGCAGACUUGCCGUGCCGUGACGCCCGCUACCGCUCGCUGAGCGGCCCAUGGACGGAGCAAGACAGCAGAAGAGGGAUGGAGCCAGAGACAUGAAAGUUGAAGCCCGAAACACUUCGGAGUAGGUUUUGGAUGCGGUGGAUGGAGGUCACGUCCGUAGACGACAUUGGGGAUCGGAGGUAGAGCUUCUGUUGGCGACGGAGGCGUGCGGGGUGAAUAAACGUGAAAGCAGAGAUGCAAUCUAACUUUCGCGGUAGCAGAUAGGGUCAGAAAUGAAUUUUUACGUCGGCAAUUGAAAAGCAAAAUUUAUGCGGAGACCAGGCUUCGGAGGUGACUAUCUAUAUACUGAAAAUUGCUGGUAACCUGGCACAAUGGACGCUGUUAUUUCCCGGAGCAGCGGUGAUGAAGAAAGAGGUUCUCUCUAUCACGGACAGUCGGCAGUGAAGAAGGCAAAGACAUACUUGAUUGGCGGUGUUGGUCUUGCAAAUCAAUUGUAUAAUUAUAUCCACGUUCUGAUUGCGGACCUUGUUCACCAGGAGGCUGAUGUUCGUGUUAAAGCGCUGAGGAACUUGGAAAGCAUUGUGACCGGCGGCACUUACAGGGAAUGGGAUCCACAGACUGAAACAAUGCCUUUGCUUCGUAAUCUUUUGGAGUGGUUCAACUUGCCAACUCCCUCGGCUGCAGACCAAGUCUUGGCCUUGAGCAUCCUCACAACGCUUGCACAGGAUGACCUCUUACGGAAGAUGCUGGCUGAUCUUGGUGCUGUGGAAUUUAUGAAACAUUUGGAAAAAGAUGUUUCCCCUGCGAUUUUACCAUUCAUCACUUCACUUGUUUAUACUUUACGCGGACGGGUUGAUGAUGCAGUCUUUGAUCCGCCAAAGUCAAGACAUGCUUCUUGCAAAGAACCAGAUAUGUGGUCAUUGUCGAAAACAAAACAGGUUGGUCGGAGCAGAACUGUCGAGGUGCCCCUUCAAAACAAGGACUACAGCAUGGUGGUUGAUAUGGAAUCUGAACGGGAGAGAGUGAAGGAAAUGAAAUAUUCGUUGCAAGGGCGUGGUGAGUUCAUUGGGAGGGCUGAGACAACCAGCCCUGCUCCCUUGGGAAAUAACGAUGGCUUAAGUUCUCCCUCUCAUGAAAGCCUGGCUAAUCAAUCGGUGUCAUCAAGAGAAGGUCUAGGACAUUCUGAAGGUUACUUUGGAAAGAGUCCUUUCAAGCAGAUACCGAGGACAGAUUCUUUGUCUGAUACCUGUAACCCAGAUGCGUCCAAAUCAAUCAUGCCAUGCAUCGCGUUGGAGGAAAUUGACAGCAAGUAUCUAAUUAACAUAAAUGUUACCCUGCAACAUCUAGACAAUCCACAAAUGCUUUUGAGGGCCUUCAAGGAACUGCGAGAAGCCAUAGUCUUCGACUUUCAUUCUGAAGCAAUUCUUCAAAAAUUUUGCGUUGUGGAGAACACGUUCGAAGUGCUGUCGAAGGUUAAAGACCGCAAUGUGGAGCACGUAAUAUUUGAGUUCUUGCUGGAAUUAGUUCGUCAAAUCAAGGGGUCUAUCAAAAUUUCGACUGAACCUUCUUUUCAAGUACACCCGGAGAACCAGCCACCGUUUCAAGCUAAACAUGUGUCUGUACCGGCUAAUGAAGUGACGUCUCAACCAGAUUUCAAAGACAGUUAUCCUGUACAUCUCAAGCCUGGUGCUUCAGAGGAUUCGGAGAUUGUUUGGAGAAAUCACAAUGUUCUGUCUGGGAAUGGUACAACCAACGAGUGUGGAGAACAACGAGUUUUCACCCUGAGUCACUCUCUACACCAAUUUGUUCUCCAGCUUCUUCACCUACUACUCAAUAUUCAUCAUCGGGAUUCGAGUCUGAAUAUUCUGUACGAGAUUCUACCACUCCUCAAGCCAAAUGAAGACAAGAAGUUGCCAGAUAAGGUUCAAGUUAACUUCACCCAAUAUUUCCAUGUACUUUGUGAAGUACUGCAAACUCUUUCAGGGAACUCUGAAGACAUUCAGGCUCUGUGUCUGGAACAUACAAGGAAGCGGAAUUACGACUCAAGAGCUCGUCACUGUUUACCUCUGCUGAGCGUACUCACGUUUUCAGCAGAACUCUUGCUAUUACUACAACCUGCUCAUGUUGCUGGGUUGAUGCCCUCAUAUCUCGUAAAAGCCCUGGCUACUUCUGCAGGUGAUCUGGUUUUUGCAGAGUGCACGUUUGGUACCCACAAACAUAUUAUUCCUUACUUACGAUAUCUGGAUCCAGAAUUUUACAAAAGCUACACAUGGGCUGAAGAGGCUUCUUGCGCUUUGCAUAUGCUGCGGAAGCGUUUGGCUAAAUCGGAAGAAGCUUUAUUGCACUCUAAGAGACGAACAACCUCACCAGACAUUGAUGUGGAGUCAUUAUUGACUUGCAUGAUCGAAGCAGCCCCUCACAAUUCGUAUCACAACGACAAGUAUUUGGUUCGGAAGCAAGUACGAAUCUUAUCCGACGUGCUGACAAUAGAGUUGGUCAACGCUUGGAAACAAAGGAGCUGCUGUAAUUCUGGACUUGGAGUUUCGGAUGAAAAGAAUGCCAGCUUAUUGAAUGCCAGUGCAACCCUCUCCAUACUGGACAAAGCGAGGAUUCUAAUUCUUCUUCUCUUCUCAAGCACUAGUAUAUUUGUUCGUAAAUGUGCUUAUGAUUCUGUGCUUGAGAUCUCUGAGAGAGAUAGAUGGCUAGCGAGCCAGUAUAGCUCUGUAGUAAAUAAAGGGGAAGUUAUGGAGAGAGAGGAAUUCAUAGUUGACAACGAGAUUAUUAGUGUUGAUGAAUCUGGUUGUCUCUUGCACUGGAGGGGAGGAUACGCGAGGCCGUUUUGUGUUUUUCAACGAUUCAUCCUCUACAGCCCAAGCGUAUUGGGUGAGAUUAUCACUACUGGUCUUCAUGAUGGAGCUUCUUGUAAGCAAUCCGCGGAGCUCUUGCUACACCUUGUUGAAGACCUGUCUGAGGUCGAGCGUUCGGAACUCAUCGAUGUUCUUCCGUGGAUCGAAUGUGGUGGGUCUUCCUCACCUACUAUCCAGGCCCUCGUGACCCAAAUUUCUGAGAAUAUCGUCAGGGCCCAGUUGUUACUCGAAGCAGGGCCUCCUCUACACUCCAAAAGUAGAACAAAUGUGGAGUGUGUUGAACUUUGUAGUAUCUUGCGUUCUUUAUUCAGCUCUUGCAGCUCCGAACGAUGGAGAGCUUCAUCAGGGUUGCUAAAAGUUAUCAACAGCUGGUCCACAUCAAAGAGGUACACUGCUCGGUGGUUGGAUAAGCUUAAAGAGCUGGAACUUUCUGGAAGCAGGGAAUCUCAAAGAUUGCAGACACUAGUAUCAGAGGAAACAUCAUCGCCUUCAAAAGAUCCUUUUCAGCAUUGUUUUACAUGUCAAGAAGGUUUGAUCUCAUCAACAUCAACAGCAUGUAACCAACAACCAAGAAAGAAGCUUCAUCACAAGAUUUCACCAUCCGGGCAGAAGAAGGUUGAAGACUUACUGAGCAUAUUCAAAAGUCGGUCGGUCGGUGAGAUCAUACGGAAAUCUGCUGUGGAACACUUAAUAUGGCUUAUUCAAGACUCUUCAUUGUGUUGCCUGUUGGAAAGUGAUGAGGAGCUCUUUAAAGCCUUGAUCUUUGAGAUCACGAACUCAAUUACUAAGGAUGAAGAACCUCUUGCGGGAGACUAUGUCCCAGCUGUAGUGCAAAGCAAUUUUGACGAUGAAGAGAUGGACAACUAUUUUCCUCCACAUGUAUCUGAUUUGGGAACAGCGUGCUUGAGCUUCUUGACCAGAUUGGCUUCUGCUUCCGAGUUCGAGGGAAACUGUAAGCUUCGUGACCUAUUAGUCAGCAACUCGUAUGAGCACUUAUGGUCUCUUUUGCCAAUGGUGUAUCAUCCUGCUGAGUCUGCGAGGAAAGAUCUGGCAUUUUUGCUUUCCUACUGCCUUUUCAGCUCCGAUUUGUUGCUGACCCGCCUAAAAAGGAUGGGUAUGAUCAAGGACCCGUUGCAUCCAGAGACAUGUCAUAAGUCUACUAAAAGAGUUCCGCGAAUUUUCGUCCCUGCUCCAUUUGCAAGAGCCUAUUGUUUUCCUUGUCAAGUUGUUGCUGUUCAGAUCAAACCUUUGAUAGCUAGCGCAUCUGAAACUCCAGUGGAUGAAGGAUUGGUUCGUCGUGUCAUUGCACAGACAGAUCUUCUUGAAGGAGGACCGGAAAACUUGUUAUUGAAGCUUGAAAAAAAAGUGGGUUCGUCAGGAGACUCCCUCACAAUUUUAGAACUGCAGGCUCUUUCAUGUCUUUCAGUUCUUCAUUCUGAAAUAUCUGUCAAGCGAGUAUUGAAGCUUUUGUCAGAUCCGCAUCUCUCCUGUGGUGUGGAGGUUCAGUUUUUCGAGGAACUCGAAGCUCAAUGUUUCCGUCAUCCAGAAGCAGCGAAGAUCUUGGCAAAGGAGUCUUGGGUGCAGUCAUUUCAACGAUUCUUGGCAAGAUUCCCCUCAACAGAAGAGGAGUUCGUCCCGCUGUUAAAGGUCAUGAAUUUGGUACAUAUUAUUGUACGCUCCAAGUCAGCUGAUACAACAGGAUUUAUUGCCGUGACAGAGUUUUUCAAGCAAACCUUAUUGCCUUUACUCGCAAAAGGACCAAAUGUGCAUCACGCAACUGUCGUUGGCGAAGGAUACCCCUUAGUUGACCUUGAAGUAAAGAUACUGAGGCUGGUCGUUGAUACAUUGCUGUAUACGAUGGAGCACACGGACCAAGAGUUAUUUUGUCAAGUAGCAGUUAGGCUGGCAAAGGGCACAAGCUUACUUUCAGUUCUGCUUUCUAAAUUUGUGAAGAGUUCGAACUCCCCCUAUAUUUGCUGUGUCUUGGCAGUGCGAUGUUUUACUCUCAUUGCCAAAGGGCUGGCAUCUUUUGUGGGUGACGAUGUUUUCAGAUCAGUCAGAAGUCUGGACAUUAACUCGCAGAAGAGUAAAGGGUCCUCACAUCAAGAAAUCAUGGAAAGUAAAAAUGGCCAUGUACAGUUGAAGAGAGUAAACGUUCAACCAGGGUCUGAACACCUUGGUAGCCCGAAGCAGCUCCUAGGAACUACGGUAGAUCAGGAUCUUGUUUACAUUAUUGUACCCCUUAUCAAGCACAUGGCUCACUUGCACUCUCAUCAUCAUCGGUCGCUGAGACACAAGGGUCUAGUGCGCGAGAUUGUAUCAUGCCUUUGGUCAGUUACUUCUUUUGUCCUCCCAAGUCUUUGGCAAGACAUAUGGUCAUCCACAGGAAUCACGUACUGGUUAGCCAGGCUCCUCGAAGAUCAUGAAGCGAUUCUCAGAGGGAUGGCUUUCGGAAUAUUGGCUCUUUUGGCAACUCCUGCUACACCUAGAACGAGGGAACUGCUGAAGAGAAACUGGCCAGAGCUUGGUGAUGUUGCUGUUAAAAGUGUCCUUAAUGAGCAGGAAUGCUUUGCCGUACGAGAACAAGGUCUUUGCUUCCUCAUAUCAUCAACCAAUUGGACCAGUAAUGAGAGAUUUUCAAUCACCAUGGAGGAAAAUUGUCCUCCAGCCAGCUUUAAGAUUAUUGACGGUUUGGGUGUAAACGCUGCGCUGCAAAGACACGAGUUUUGGAACCGACUGCCCUCAUUACUUUUGACAAGAAAUGGAACUCCUGGCUUUCAUCGAGUUUUGGUAGAACUGAUUUUGAAGCUUGCAACCUCGGAUAUCGAAUAUAUCAAAAUGAAGAUAUAUGAAGUUCCAACAUUCUUCAGAGCUCUUGUCCAGAAUUUAGAAUUUGGAAUGGCGCAACCGGCUCGAUCAGGAGGACUUCAAAUAGGAUUAUUUACAAGCUGCAAGCAUUCCGCAUACAACUUUGCUAUAAAGUCAUGUCUGGGUGAAACACUUCUGGUUUUAGCUCAAGAUGACGAUCCUCGACUUCAAGCCUUGAUCCAGAGCGACUUGACAAUCACUAAAGUUUUCGAUGCGCUAAAUUAUUGUUUCAGUGAACAAAAUUUGUCAAUCCUGAUUGUCCAGGAGACAGCCUAUGUUGCUUCUAAUAAGGUGGGAACAGACGAAGAAAUGGAGUUAUACGAAGGAGAUGACUGUUUCGAGAAAGUAGUCAGUAUUGCUCAUUAUGAAAGAUUGGAGGCAAUCUUUCAACUCUCCGAGCUCUUGAACCUGAUAACGGGCAAAUUGAUGACUAAUGCUGGCCCUUUUCCGAAUGAGGAAAUCAACCACAUUCGUGUGGACGACAUCAGGUCUCUACGCUCUUCUGUAUCUGAAUGUCUGGAACUCAACACCAGCAAAGUCAGGGGUGUGUUGAGCAAAGAGAUAUGGCGCAACUACCUUGGCUUGCUUGCAAGUCAAUCUGGAGUUUUCUGGGGAAUUACCCGUCUUCUCCGGAGGUUACCUAUUCUUACAGACCUUCAAGAUAGCAGCUUGAGGGUUCAAAGACAAGGCAGUGUUCAUUUGAAAACCUCUGCAUUGCUGAGGAGAUGCCAGUUGGGACUUUGUUCACUUGUUGGAACGAUGCUGUCAGAAGAGAGCCAGGCAAAAGCUGUCCUAGAAAACUGUGCAUUGAAACCUUAUGAAGUUGAAUUUCGACGUGAUCCUUAUGAUUAUCUCGCCGAAAAUUUGUGCGAUGUUCUGCUCCGACUCUUAAAAGAUGCGCAUGAGCAGGUUCACCAACCCAAAGUGUCACAAGAAGGAGACUUCAUCAUGUACUUGCAGUCUCUUCUUAUGAGUGUCGGAAGAGCACUACAAAAUCUUAUCUCUUUCAGUCCGAAGGCGAAGGAUCUGGGUUCAAAUUUGGACUUGCCAACUACGCUGAUGAGACUUGCGUACGAGGUAUAUUCCUUCCUGGACUCGUGUGGACUUGUUCCGAAGAGACUUGAUAAUCCAUCGACUCCGACAUCACGCAGUGCUUCGCAAUACAAAUCUAAACAGAGCAACAAAGUACCGAGAUUAGUCGACCACUCCGACCGGGCCCCACCAUUCAAAAGUUCGCACAGCUUACACGGAUGUAACACAUCCGGCUCUCCAAAUCAAGGAAAGCUGAAUGAGCAUCAUCGUGAUCUACUCCUGGCUGAGCUGAUUUUAAAUGUGCGGCUACUUAAAAAUUUUAUCUUCAGAAAUGAGAAAGGGGUGGAGGCAUGUAUAGAGGAAGGUGUGUUUGAGUUCAUCUGGACUCUUUGGGCUUUUGCAUUGUGUGAAGAAGACCUCAUGCAUGAGCUUCUGGGUCUUCUUUCCAACUUGGCUGCUCAGAGCAAUAGAGCGAAGGAGAUAAUAGCCUCGGGAACCUGUCAAGGGAAGAAAGGUGGAACCUUGAUGGAUCAUGUAACAAACAUGCUCUACCAUUUACCAUUAGACCAGAUAUCCUAUACGACAUCCAUUGGCCUCCUGCAAAACUUGGUAAUGUUGGCAGAACCCAGGGCAAUAUUCAUGCGGAAGCAGUACAUCUCGGACUGUCUACAGCUGUUCCGAGGUUACGUCAGAUCAAAUGAUGUCAUGCGUCAACACUUGAUGCUUCAGUUAUUUAUAAACCUUUCAGCUUUUCCGAAUGGACAGAAGAUGUUCUUGAAGGGACUUCCUGACGGUAGCAUGCUUGACUUGGUUCUGGACAGCGUACAACAAAGUCAAUAUAUUCCAACUAGCAGUUCCGCUUUGUUCUUGUUGAGAAACUUGGCCUUCUGUGGAGAGACGCGUUUCUUCUUCCUAUGCAAUGAACGCACCCUUCAUCUUCUGGUUCAGUCCCUGGAAAGCUCAAGUCUGGAAGCAAGGGCUUAUGCUUCAUCUGCUCUCUGGAUUUUGACAUCUAGCGAGAGGAGAGUAUCUGCCGCACUGAAGAAGAUCGGAGCCUGUCAAGCGAUUCUUAAAGCUCAUGAGGCUGCAAUGCACCACCUGAAGAUAUUCGAAAGAAGUAGUAAACAGAAAGACGGGUCCAGCCACAAAGCUGAGGCCAUACUGAAAAUGGGUGUGCUCGUGAGGAACAUAGAGCAAAGUCUGUUUGCCGUGAAUCAACUUCUCGGAGAACCUCGGGACUUCGAUUCAACUUCAGGCAAAACAUCAAAACGGGAGUUCAGAGAGGUGUUCAUUCUUAGAGAUGUAGUACUGGAAGAAGACGAGAUAGGAGUAAAAGGGCAAGUAAAGAGUGCUGCAUGAGCGUGCAGACUAUUUCUCAUGUAGGGGGAUUGAUCCCCCAUAUACGACUUCAGUCAUAGUUUUCAGGUACCAACAUAGAAAGCUUUUGCAGAUGCCGUUGGAAGCUAAAUAGUGCGGCUGCUUUGGUCUAAAGACCAAGGUUAGUAAUUUGUACUCCACUGGUAGAGUGAAGGGAUGUAAUGAAGAAUAUGAAUACAACGCUCUUUGACUGCACCGUCCUCGGCG